CACGCCUGUCUCUCUGCUCUGGCUCCCUUUCAGAGAGCCCGGAUCCUCCGAAGGUUCAGAUCUAAGGGGGAUUUUUUUUCCUCCUUCAGUUCAGCUUUUGUUCAUUUCAGGAUACUCUGAAUGGACGGCAACAAGUUUCCUUUGCAAGAAAUCCUCGAUCGUUCUGGUGCCUUGGGUUUUUUUUUCUUUUUCUGCACCGCUUCCAGCUCUCCGAAACCUUGUUUGAAAUUUGCACCCGUGUGUUCGGGAUCAUAAAUCUUUCCUGGUGUCGUUUCACCCUUAUUAGGCACUUCAACAGUUUUAUGUACCAUUAGCGGCGUUGACCAUGGAGCCUUCCAACAACUCUACGGUCUCCUCCAACAACAGUGACAUGUUCAACAAGUUUGUCCACCUGGACGGAGAGUUAUCAGAGAGAUUUCAUACCUUGUGGAUUGUCCUGGUAGUGAUCAAUACCAUCAUCUUCCUGAUGGGCGUGGUGUUGAACUCUGUAGCUCUCUACGUCUUCUGCUUCCGCACCAAAACGAAAACCACCUCGGUCAUCUACACCAUCAAUCUUAUCAUCACCGAUCUGCUGGUGGGCUUCUCUUUACCCGUCCGGAUCAUUGUCCACUACAGCGCUAAGGACUGUCACUCCUGUGCCCUCGUCCACAUUUUCACCUACUUUGUCAACAUGUACUGUAGCAUCCUCUUCCUUACUUGUAUCUGCAUUGACCGGUACUUGGCUAUUGUCCAGAUAGAAGCUUCGCGCAAGUGGAGGAACCCCAACUACGCCAAAUGUAUCUGUGCUUUCAUCUGGACUUUCGCCACCGUCAUCACCUUCUCCAUCCUCAUCGUGGCCAUGAAGUUCUCCUACUGCUGCAUUGCGCAGAUCCUGCCCCUGAUGGUCUGCGAGUACUUCUUCCCGCUGAUCAUCCUCACGUUCUUCACGACGAGGAUCAUGUGCGCGCUUUCCAAGCCCACCCUCAUGCACCAGAGUCGGGAGAGGCGGAUGCGAGCCGUGCAGCUCCUUAUCACGGUCCUCAUCAUCUUCAUGAUCUGCUUCACUCCCUUCCACGUGCGCCAGCUGGCCAUCGCCAUCAACCCUGCCAUGUCCUACGACCUCAGCUUGGUGGUUUACCACGUGACGGUCACCUUAAGCAGCCUCAACAGUUGCAUGGAUCCCAUUGUCUACUGCUUUGUCACCAACAAUUUCCAGUCCACCAUGAAAAACAUCUUCAGGAAGGCGGAGUUUGAACAAGCCAGCGGAGAGGUCAUCAGCGUCAACAAAGGGUCGGGUUCGAAUGCACUCAUGGCGUUUGCGAACGUGAUAGGGAACCCCAUGGGGUUGCCUUUGCCCAGCAGCACCCCAAACUCCUAGACUUGAGCAGCCUACAACAAGGACAGAGAAGAUGUCUGCUAUUCCUUUUGGCUAAGACAAUUUUUUUUCCCUAAACAUUGUAGCUGGGUUCCAGAAUUAUUCAAGCUCUCCAAUGACACACUCAAAGUUUAUUUAUGGCAGCUGGUGUUGUCAUCUGGGAAAUUACUUGGAUUGCAUUUGGCAUUCCAAAUUCCUCAGAGUUUCCCCAAUUCAGGAAUUUGCAGAGAAAGGAACAUGCACAGCUCCGUAUUUUGCUAGCAUAGAGGCCUAGGAUAACAAAGUUGGAAGGGAUCUUGGAGGUCUUCUAGUCCAACCCCCUGCUCAAGCAGGAGACCUGUACCGUUUUAGACAAGUGGCUGUCCAGUCUCUUCUUGAAAGCCUCCAGUGUUGUUGGGGCACCCAUAACUUCUGAAGGAAACCCUUCCACUGGUUGAUUGUUCUCACUGUUAGGAAAUUUCUCCUUGGUUCUAGGUUGCUUCUCUCUUCGUUUAGUGUCCAUCCAUUGCUUCUUCUCCUGCUUUCUGGUGCUUUGGAAAAUAGUUUGACCCCCUCUUCUUUGUGGCAGCCCCUCAAAUAUUGGAAUAUCGCUAUCAUGAAAUCUAGUUUUCACUACACUAGACAUACCCAAUUCCUUCAACCGUUCUUGAUAUGUUUUAGCCUCCAGCCCCCUAAUCGUCUUGGUUGCACUCUUCUCUGCACUCUUUACAGAGUGUCAACAUAUUUUUUUUUUAAUAUAUUGUGGUGACCAAAAGCGGAUGCAGUAUUCCACGUGUGGUCUUACUAAGGCUUUGUAAAGUGGCACUAAUACUUCACGAACUCUUGUAUCUAUUUAUGAUGAUCUGCAGGAUCAGGGCAGGGAGAAAAUGGAUUUUAUAGCACCUGUUCUUAUACUUCGGACAAAAAAAAAAAGAGAGAUGUAAACAAGCUUGCCUUUUUGAAAUGAGAAUAAUUCAGGAUCGCUGUCACUCCGGCAAAUGGGGUUGGUCGUCUGAAAAGACUUGGCGUCUAACCCCACCGAAUGCCAAAGCUAUGACAGUAAUAAAAGAAACAUCUACAGUUGCAAUACACUGUA